UUACGUUUGCUGUGCUGCUUCAAUUCUUCUACACAUCAGCAUUGUGUUGGAUGUUUGCCGAAGGACUACAGCUCUAUCAACAGAUCGUUAAGGUUUUCAACUCCAGUCUUAAGAUGAAACAAGUGUACUGCUUUGCCUGGGGAAUGCCAACACUUCUWAUCGUCUGCUCGCUUGGCAUUGCGGGAAACCACCAAGAUGGCUUCUCAAGCCUUGUCAGCAAGGAUUUAUGCUGGCUUUCUGUUCAAAAUCGCCUUAUAUGGGUAUUCAUCGUCCCGGUGUUUGUUCUAAUACUGGGUAAUCUGGUGAUUCUUGGAAUGGUUAUCAAAGAGUUGAACAAAGUCGACAAGUCCAGCGAUUCGUUGCUAAGCACCUUCAGAACUAAUCUGAAAGCGUUUGGUUUGCUGUCUCCAUUACUUGGGAUAACAUGGCUGACAGGGUUGCUAUGCAUUCUGGGAGUAGGUGUGGUUGGUUUGUACUUAUUCACAAUAUUGAAUUCAUCACAGGUGAAAAUUGAAUUAUAA